UGUAUUUCGAAUGUACUUUAUCAUGACGUUAAUCGUAUUAUCAUAAUCUCAAUUAUACGAUAUCAAUAUCAGAUAACGUGUCAUAAUUAUUUAGGCUUUAUAGUUCUUUGACAAUAAUUGAAAUGUUUCAGAUUCUCUUUAUACCCAUAUUAUGCGUAAUAUCGUCCACAUGGGCCGAGGAAAUGAUACUAGACCCACCACUCCGGGUAGAUCUUUCAUCUCCUGCAGAUGUUCAGUUCUUAACACCAUCGAACGUGAAGACUGAAUGGAUCGACAUGCCUAUAGACCACUUUGAUCCACAGAAUACUGACACUUAUAGAAUGCGCUUUAUGUUCAAUGAUGAAUUUUUUGGCGGCGAUGGCUCACCGCUUUUCAUUCUUGUGGGAGGGGAAUGGGACAUCGUUGAAGGCUGGUUACGAGCUGGGAACAUGUAUCUUACAGCGCAGGAAAACAAAGGUUACAUGUUCUAUACAGAACAUAGAUAUUAUGGAGAGUCGCUUCCAUACCAAAAUUUCACAAUUGAGAACUUACGCUUUCUAAAUGUAGACCAAGCAUUGGCUGACUUGGCAUAUUUUAUUCGUGAAAUGAAAAGUCAUCCACGGUUCGCUGAAAGUAAAGUGAUUUUAUUCGGUGGGUCAUACGCAGCUAACAUGGUUAUUUGGUUCAAACAGAGGUAUCCACAUUUGGUCGAAGGCGGUGUCGGAUCAAGUGGUCCAAUUUUAGCCAAAGUAGAUUUUACAGGAUAUUUAGAGGUGGUUCAUCGAGCGUUUCAAUCGGAAUGCGGUGAUCAAAUGAUAGCGACAAUCAGACAGGGUAUAAUUGACACUGUGGCUUCCAUGUCCACUGAGGAAGGUAGACGAAAUUUGGAAAGGGCAUACAGAUUGUGCAGACCGCUAAACUAUGACAAUGAAUUCGAGCUGGGAUAUUUUUCAGGGUUUAUAAGUUGGACAUUUUCCGGAUCCGUACAACAAGCGCGCCCGGGAACUCUUCGGUCAAUUUGCAAUAAUUUUGAUUCUUACGGAACGACACCAAUGGAAAAGAUCGGUGGUUAUAUUGCAGCCAUGCGUGGAAUCGUAAAUUGUACUAAUAUUUCUUAUGAAAGCUAUGUGAACCGCUACAGGUAUACAAAUGAUAAUGGUCGAGCAUGGUAUUACCAGACAUGUACCGAAUAUGGUUAUUACCAAACAGCCCCACGAAGCGGCACAGUUUUCGACCAAUUGCGAUGGCUCUCAGUACCAUUCUACGUUGAUUUAUGUAAACAGGCAUUCGAUCAAAGAUUUGAUGAAGCCUUCGUAAAUGCAGCAGCAGACCGCAGCAACAGAGUCUUUGGUGGUUUAAAUCCUCAAGUGAACAACACAAUAAACAUCCAUGGUGUUAUUGAUCCCUGGCACGACCUUGGAGUUUAUGAUCGCGAUUUGUCGGAAACAUCGCCUACCUACACCGUAACGAGAGCCUCUCACUGCUUCGACUUGCAAAGCUGGCUUGUAACAGACACCAUACGUAUGACUAACGCGCAACAAGCAGCGCGAAGACUUAUCGCCAGUUGGCUUCGAUAAAAAUACCGGGUUUUGUAAUUCCUAUGCCUUUUCUUCUUUUUUAAGUUCAUUGUGAAAUAUGUAUAUUAAAUUCAAGGAUAACUUAGGUAUUAGUAAUAAAAUAACUCUAUAACCAUUCUAGCUUAUUUUAAUUUUGAAUAAAAAUACAUUAAAUCCAUUAACAGUGAAAAAAGGUAAGGCGAAAUAAAAAAAAUAUAUAUUCGAAUUCCCGAUCGUGUCAAGAAUACAAUUUAUUUCAAAUUCACAAACGUGACAAAUUUCCACAAUAAUCAAAAGUUUUAACGGGGGAAACAGAUCGAAAAAUACAUUAGUCACUACCCGACUACCGACGAUCAAAGUUCUAAUUACACUAAUUUCAUAAAAUUCAAAUAACUUCAUCUAAAUAUCGGCAGCAUCGUAAAUGCACGGGACGCUACUGCCCUGAACGAGUCGGUGUGCUUUCGAAAUGGCUCUUUUCCAUUUUCGAUCCUUUUCGGAAACACAACACAAAUCGCAGUGCGCGAGAGUCGGGGAAAUAAUAUACAACUGUGAUAAUGUGGCACAUCGCGCGCACUACUGUUUUGCAGCGCCAUCACUUCCGGCCGAUAGACGGGGGUAUGUAAUGCUUUAAUUUUAAAUGUCAAUUUAAAUAUAAUAUCACUUAUGGCUCAGGUAAUUGGGAGAGUCGGGCCGGAGUAGGCGCUGUGACUCGCUCAAGGAAGUAACCGGUGUUACCGAUUAGUAGCGCUUAAAAUAACAAAGCUCAAAUUCGAGAUUGGCAGUUCACCAUUUUAGGGCUUAAAUAA